AUGAAAAAAAGGACAAGUUCAGAUUUAAGAAUUAUUCCCAAACUGCAUUAUAAAGAAGAUGAAAGCAUUGCGAACUUGGUUUUUACUAGGUCAUCAAUGGCUGAUUUUUCGAAAAAUCAGCUACGAUCUCCUCAACAUAUAAAAUCAACACAUAUUAGUCCUAAAAGUAUAAACCCAGAUGAGAUUAAAGAACUAAUUAAACUAGACAAGGAUAAAAAUGCUCCUAAAUUAUCGUUUGGCUUACCUACAAGAGAUGUCUCACAUUUAAAAGACAAACUGAAAUUUCCACCCCUAGAUAUACUUUUUUUAUUGAUAUUUUUUUUUAUUUAAUUAUUUAUAAAAUGUGAGCUAUUUAUAUUUAAAAAUAUAUGAAAAUAAUUCAAAAUGUGCUGCCAGUUGAAAUUGAGCAUUUAGAAAAGGUUAUAAAAAGCAGCGACCAAUAUGGCAUUUCUAAUUCGGUAAGCCCACAAGGACUUUUAAGUCCUCUUCAAUGCCGAAGAGAGCCUUGUGUAGAAAGAACACUGCUUACUCAUCAACAAGGAAAAGGAGGUGUAAAAAGUGAGCAUGACUCAAUAGAAAUUGAAAGAUAUAAUCUAGGAAACCCAACUGGAAGACAAGAUAUAGAAAAUUUAAGAAAAUGGCUACAGUGGAUGAAGGAGGGUGCAUGCGCUUUCCUUGACUUUUUGGUAGUGAGACAUUUUCUUUGCGAAUUGGGUCGAAGUUUUUUCCUCAUCAUCAGACAUUUUGAUCGAAAUUUGAUGGUUUUUCUAGUAAAUGGCUCACUAGCAAAAAAAGUCCCAAUCAAAUAGCAUUGAGCCGAUGAAGGAGACUUAUGUGCCUGAUUUUGAUUUUGAAUUACUUGAAAAUUCUGAUAGUAAAACUGUAAAAAACACCAAAUUGAUUUAUACCAUGUGCUUUCGGGAAAUUGCUAGACAAGUCUCAGUCCAGUGUAUAGAAAGAGGGGAAACGUUACAAGAAAUUUUUGAAAUUUUUUCAAAAAUUAAUGACAGAAAAACCAAAAAAUUAAAAAAAAUAAUAAAUGAGGCGCAGCAGAAUUUUAGCUGGAAAAGAGAAGAAAUGAAAAAUAAUUAUGAAAAUAUUAUCAAUAGAGAUGAAAAAAAGAUUGAAGAAUUGCAAAAGCUGGUCGAAAAAAAGGCAAAUUCAAAGAGAAUGGUCAAAGAAAAAGCUGAUUUUUAUUUAAAACAAUGAGAAUUAGCAAUGGAAAAGCUGAAGGAGGCUGAGGAUUUUAGAAGAAUUUAUAGUAAUUAUUAUCGAACUCUAUAUAUACAUAAAAUGGCGUAUGGCGACCUCCCGUCCUCCCAGUGACGGUAACCCGUGUAUAUCCAGGCAUGGUUUUCGGAAGAAGCGACUUAGCCCAGCAAUAUCUGGACCCUGAUGGUGACCAGGGAAGAACACAGACCCGUCUGAUCGUGGCCAGAUCCUAGGGCAGUUAGCAGCAUCUCCUUUUUCCAGCAGCGCCCAAGCCAGUGGGUGCCCGACAUGGAGCAGGGCGACUUACCUGCUCAAGCUGCUACUGUGGUCUGCCCCGAAUCGCGGAAGCGAUUGAGGAUUUUAUCAAGCGAAUAAGCUGGUAAAAGGGGAGGCAGAUUAGACGACUUAAAGGCGGUCUCUCCAGUUAAAAGGGUCCUUAAAUGGACGAUCUGGCCAACCGGAGACAAGACUGGCGUAACUCGGGGCGAAAGGCUGAGUUGGAAAUGGUGAUGCUCGGCAACGGUCGGCUGACGACCCAAUAGGGCAAUCACUACCGAGAAACCAGGGGUUUCGGCCUUGGCUCAGAGAACCAGUGAUGGAAGUCCAUCCUUUUCGCUCGUGCCAGCACGGCUCCUCACGGAGCGCGGAGGAAUGUCACGCAUGGAAGAAGGGACCUUAAAUACAUAUCGUUAAUUUAUUAAUUUAUUAUCGAACUCUGACUCCUAAAGCCAUGAAAAAGAGCAUAAGAAGGCAAAGGCUAAAAGAAAACAUUAAAAAAAAAUUUGAGAGCUCACAAGGAGAGUCAAAAGUCCCUGAAAACCAAGGAGCAUUCAGCCAAGAAGUAAGCGUUCUAUCAAAUAUAUAUGGAUCUGAGCAGCUUUCUCCACAAAAGUCACUAAUUGAUUUAGAAGAUGUCAAAGAAGAACCUCUAUUAAAGCUUCAGGAAGAAGACUCAGAACAUGAGGAAAUAGAAUGCGAAAAAUGCACUCAGACAGAAGAGCCAGAAAAUAAUGAAGAAAAUAAAUGAAUUGAAAUAGAAAUACAAACUGAAGAAAUUAAGGAGGAAAAUAAAGGGAAUAUUGAGGAAAAAGAAACACAGACUGAUUAUAUAGAAAUUGAAAACGAAGAAGAAAAUGUGCAGGAAGCACAGAUAUCAAUUAUGGAGAUUGAGGAAAAGGAGGAAGAGCCCAAUACUGAAAAAGAAGAGUCGGAAAGCCUCCCAAGCAGAGUUGAUACUAUUGAUUUUUCAUUAAAAGAAGAUUCAAAAAUAGAAGAGCUGGAAGAAAAACAGAGUGAAGAACCAAUAAUGAUUGAAGAUAAAUCUGUUUUAGAAACUAAAAAUGAAAAAGAAAAGCCAAUAAGGCUUACCCAGCCUAACAGACGAGAAAUUAAAAUCCCAAAAAACCAGAAGCCAAAAGAGAAAAAAUCCUUAUCAACUCAGCCUUCAGAAAUACAAUCCCCAAUGCUAGAAAAAAUAGUCCCAGAUUCACAAUUAAUCCCUGAAAAGUCAAGAAGAAUUAUUGCAUUAGACAAAUUGAUAGCUGAGAAAAAAGAAGCCGUAGAAGCUAUUAAUUUGCAAAUAAAAAAUAAAACCAAGUUGCUAGAAAAAAUAAAUGCAGAAAUCGAAAAUAAAGAAAAAAAUGAAAAUCAAGCAAAAAUGACAGAUAGACCACAGCGGCAGGCAACUGAAAAACAGAAAUAUUCAAUUGAGGAGCCAAGUAAAAUUCUUAAACUUAGACUUAAUUACACUAUGUCUUCGUCUCCUCCUUGCCUUGUCCGCCCAAUGCUGAAUGGGAAGGCUGUGGACUUCUAAGGUAUGCUGCUUGGGUUGAACUAAGAUUGUCUACACAAUAAUCCCAGAAAAUAGAAUUUCUGGCCAACUAUUGGGAAAAGUCUGGAGCGUAAUUCACAGUUUCACACAGAGACGUUGCCCGAAUGGUCUAGGCAUUGCUUAUUUACGCUGGUGGCCAUUCCUUUUCCAACUCUGAACCCGGAUUUUUCCUUGAGGUAAAAUCCAAUCCUGAAAGCGGACUUGGGCUAGGCUUAUAGAAUUGCUUGCCUAGCAUUGAUGUCGAUUUCUGGGUUAGCAAAGUCUUGACAGAUAUAAAUAAAAUGUACUCGAGGCUGCAAUCCCCAGCCGAGACGUCAUUUUAUUUAUAUGCCAAGUAAAAGAGCAUUAACAAUGAGAGAUGAAAGGAAGGUCCAAGACAGUGUCAAACCAUUAAAGGAGCCAGAUCCAAUUCCGCCUUCUUUGAAAUCAGCAUCUCCUGAGGAUUAUAGAUUUUUACCUUAAAAUAGCCCACAAAAAUAGCCUAAUAAUAGGCUAUUUAAGAUAAGUCACUAUAUAUAAUUGAGCCUGAAUUAAAAAUUUUGGUUCAUGAAGGCGCGGAUAUUCCAUCUUGGAAAGCUGGGUAUUCUGUUGGCUAUGAAAAAGGGAGACAUGAGGGAUUUUUAGAAGGCGAAAAGUUAGGAAUUGAAGAAGGGAUGUCUGCUAAUUACCUUAAUACCUCUUUUGCCAAAAAAAUUGAUAAUAAAUCUGACACUGGUGAAGAAGAUUUCUGGGAAGACAGUAAAGUAGAAAGCAACUCAGGGGUGGUCAGCAAGCAAGAAAGCUGUAUUUUAGAUGGAGAAAGCGACAUUGAAGGGCCUCUAUCCGAAAAAAGAGAAAGCAUUGAUGGACUUUUGACUGGAAAAAGAGAAAAUUAUGAUAAUCUUGAUGGACCUUUGACAGAUAAAAGAGGUAAUAUUGAUAAAGAACCGUUACUCCCCUUUAAAGCAGGUAAAACCAAUGAAAAAAGCCCUAUUUUGGGAAAAUGAAGAUUAAGGAAAUUUUAACUUAUAAUUUUUUAAAAUAAAAUAUCUUAUAGAUAAUUAAUACAAUUAUAAUGGAUCUCCAGCUAAUCAGACAGCUUGCUAUCUUAAACAUAAAUUUUAUAUUUUUCUUUGAAAUAACGAUUUUAAACCAUAUAUUUUUUAUAUAAAAACAAGAAUAAGCAGAAAAAUCUUGCUUGCCCAAAUAAAAAGAGCUAGAGACUAAUAUAAGUCUUGAAGAAAAGAUUAUAACUGCCCAAACCACUAGAGUAAAAACACGCAGUGGCUCUAUCUCUGAAAAUGAAGAAGAAGUCAAAUAUAAAUUACCCCGAGAUUUCAGUCCAAAAAAGCACGUUAAAUCAAAAACAAAAUUCAAAGAGUUCCAUUUUUCAAAAAAAUUAUGGCAGCAAUCAAAAAAGCCACAUCCAGCGAUAAAUUUGCUUGAAAGAUUUUUAGGGAAAAAAAUAGAUUGGAUAAAGAAAAAAGCGACAAUGAGCAAAAGAAUGGUAAAUCGUCUGACCAUUGCAAUUUGUACAACAUGUGCUAACAAGUUUAAAGUAGGAGAAACUGUGGAAAGUUUAAUAUGCUUGACCUAUGACGAUUUUAUCCAGAGAUAUGGGCUUAAGCAGGUUGCUGAAAAAAAAAUGCUUGAGUUUAUUGCUUCUUUAUUUAGCUAUUAUUCAGAGAGUAAAAGGGCGAUGAUGUUUUUAAGAUUUAUUUAAUAAAAAAUAAAUAAUAUAUUUUUAUUAUAGGAUUAAUAAAAAUGAACAAUUAAAGAAAUUAUUAUAUUAAUGCAAGUGAAAAAAUAGGUGCUAAAACUUAUUCAAAGCUCAGCUUUGAAUUUUAUGUACAAGCUCUUGAUUUUAUGCUUACGUCUAACGUAGGAGUUGUUAUUGGGCUUGAUGAUACUGAUGAUAAAAUUUUAUUACCAACAGUCAGAGGGAUAGAAUUUAUUAAUAAUCGCACUGAAAAUAGGCUAGCUAAAGAUGCUAUGGCAAGACUCUGCAUAAAGCUAGAAAAAAUGUCAGUGCCUGAUCCAAAUAAAAUUAAUGUCAGCUUGAUUGAUAUGGACAAAAUGCUGGAUUUAAUUAUAGAAACAUAUGAAGACUAUCUAUAUAGAAUAGAUCAAGGACUUUACAUCCUAUCUCAAGCCAUUAAAUAUGGUGAAGAUAAAGACCAUUUGCUUAAGAGCGAGUUUCAAAUGCUAGUUAGAAAUAUUUCCCCUAAUAAAGCUAUAUUAAAAAAAGAUGAAUUUUUAGAUGAAGGAAUAGAAGAUAUCCCUAUUUGUAAUAAUAGAAUUGAUAGGCAUGAUUUUAUUAUAUAAAAAUUAAUAAUUAUUGAAAAAUAGGUAUAUUUGUUUUGAUAUCCAGUUUAUUUAUAAUAAAUGCUUAGAAAGAAACUUGUUCAGCAUUGACGAUAUAAAAAUGUUUUAUAGGUUUAAUAGUAAUUUAACGCAUGAACAAGUCAGGAUGAAAAUUGAAGAAACAAAAGAAAAAAUCGAAAGGUCUUUGCAGAAUUUAGCUGAUGAUGUAGACAGAAAAAUAGUUACAUUUGAUAAAGCUACGUGGAGCGAGAAAUUAAAUGCAUGUGAAAGAAAUUACUUGCAAAGAGAUCCUAAUGAAACUUUAUUAGCAUGGAGCAUUUAUGAAAUAGAGCUGAAAAAAUUAGAAGAGAUAUAUAAAAAGGUUUAA